AUCUUGCUUGACUCGCUGUUUGUGUGUGGUUUGCCAUCCCUGGGGCGAUCCCCAGGCGUGGCAUGGCGCAAAAAGCCAAUCUCCAUCUCCAUACAUGCACAGACACUACCUAUACAUGUACCCGGAGCUAUCUUUUGCGCUGGCGCUCUACCUGCAAGAUUCGCCCAAGACGGUAAGUGCUGGCGACGCCGGCGCGGGCGGGAAGACAUCCGCAGCGCUGGCUGGGUUUUUGCUUCAGCUGCUUGAUUUUGUCUCAUCGUGUUGUUUGCUUGCUGAUGCUGCCGCUGCUUCAUCUACACGAGAGUGCUUGGAGGGUACAUGCAGGUACCCAGUACAUGUACUUUGCGUGCAUGUAUGGGCUGAUAUGCUUGUAGCACCUAAUCUCGAGCGCCGCCCCCCUCUUUACAUGCAGAAGGCGCGUUUCUUCGACAAGUCCGCUGUAAAAGCGCUGUAAGAUUGACGCUAUAAUACGGAGAGCUGCUGGCCUGAUUCGUCCACACGCGCUGUAAAAAUGAGCACGCACGCCUGAACAUCGAUUUCGGGCGCGCUGAAAGCGCCCUCCAAGAUCGAAUCCGGGUCGUCCAUGCAGGUAACUGAUUUCAUAUCAAGCACCACGCAGCUCGUAUCGCAAACCUUGAAACCAGCUUGAUUGGAAAUUCCCUCCAUCUCUUUUGGCCCGGUCUUGUCCUUGGAAGGCGCUGUUGUUGAUUUCAAGCAUCGUGUCCAUCUGACGCAGCAAAGCACCAAAGGCCCGGAUAUCAUGUAGAAGAAGGCGUGCUUCGUAUGUGCAUACAUCUCAUACAU